AUGAAUGACGAUUGCGAUGCUAUAUCUAAUCGCGGGGUGCUCCAUGCGGAGGCCAGUGCGAACACCCACUCUAUGAACAACGCGACGUCCCCUGUGCCGCAUAAACCAAUGUCUCCGGUCGAUACCCAAAUCACACAACUGCCGCAACCAUUGUCACUACAAAUAGAUGGCUCGAACGCUGUUACCGUUGCUCGCGGCGACGGUAACCCAAACCCAGCCUAUAUCGAAUCAUCGGAGCGCGGCAGCGAUACGUCGGGCGAUGGCCGACGACUAGACCUUUCCGCUGGCACCAUCACAGACUCUCUUUCCAGCCUUCCAUCAUCCUCGACUAAUGGUCAUAGCCAGUCUACAGAGUUCGGAAACUCUCAUACAUUGAAUGGACAUACAUCGAGACCGUGGGUGGAUCGGGAGUUAUUGGAAUCCCAACCCGUCUCGCACAUGCAGCCGGUCAAUGGAGGCGCCUCAAUAGAUCGAUGGCAACCAUCAUUGUCGCCAAUCAAAGCCGGCAAUGUUGCAAUAUCACCGCCGCCAUCGCCAAAACAUUCGCGCACAAGGUCGAACUUCGAUGCUCGCUUAGCCCCAGGCCAGAAACGGACAGCAGCUGGCGACUUCAAAUCCCCUUUAAAUCCACCCACGCCUCAUAGUGCUGACUCGGAUGGCCCUGCACGACGGCGUUCAAAGAGUACGGGCUCAUCAGCUUAUGGGAGUAGGAUUGCACAGUUGUCGGUCCAUAUCCGUACACGUCUGUCAUAUGCGGCCGCGAAAGUAGAACAGGCUCGACAGUCGCGUGAAGCUACCCCACAAAUCGCACUGCGAACACACAACAGCGCGCCACUGAGCCCGUCGGCACCAAGUGACGGCGCAUCAUUACCGGCUGGAAACUCUGGGCGCUUUUCACCGGACUCCCAAACAUCCUCCAACGGGAACUCCCAUCAAUUCCCGGGCCAUAAUCGCUCGCGAUCAGCACUCUCAUCUAAUCAAUUUCUUUCAAUCCCAAAGCUAGCACCGCCUGUGGAUAUCAUCUCUUCAAAUGGUCAUAACCAGCGCCGUCGACCGAAUCCUAAUGCAGUCACAAAACCCUCAGACCACACCCCUAUUUCCCGUCAUCGACGCCACCAUUCUUACCAAGAGAACGCACUCAUCCGACCACUCAAUGGCCAAGCACUUCUAGGACCAGAGAAGCCCUCGCUCUCAUCAUCUUACGCAAGCGCACCAACAUCCACGCCGAAUGGCUUCUACAGGCCCCGCACUCACUCCGAAAACACACUCAUGGAACAAGAUGCCAUUGAAACCCUGAUGUUCAUGUCCAGCCCUGAGAACUCGGGGUAUCGAUUUAGCCCUCGACCGCUGCAAGCAGCGAGCACACAAAACAGCCUGAACGUGUCGAUCAACGCUUCUAGCAAUGAAACUCACCACAGUGAAACCCAGGGCUCCCAAACUUCCGAGUCUCACAAUGGUCGUGGGCCCGAGAGAAAACCAGAGCUGGAAGCUCAUGCCGGUGAUGAUAUUGAUCGCCUUUUGGAUCAAAUGGAUAGUGACAGCGAGGAUGAGGGUCGCUAUGCAUCAUAUCGUCUCGGGAUCAAUGGCGCACAUCCAUUUAGAGAGCAUCAACGUCCGAGGUAA